AUGAGAUUAUAUCUCAAAGAAAAACCAAGAACUUUUAUCAUAACAACAUCGACUCAUGCAUUAAUUAUAAGACAUCCAUUUCCAACAUAUAAACAUAGAAGUAUUCGAGGACUAAUACAUGGACACAAAUCCAAGGAAAAUGAUAAUGAAAAUAGAGUCCUAGUGGAAUUUGUAAGAAAAGAUUAUAUUGAUUUAAGUACUUAUCGAGACGUAACUCCUAAAAGAAAUAAAUUAAUUGGAUUUAUUGGAUUAUUAAGUUUGAAAAAUAAAGUCUUCUUGGGGUUUAUACGUAGAGACGAAUUAGUUGCAUCACCAACAAUGGAUGAUCAAAUUUAUAAAAUCACAGGAACUGAAUUUCAUUGUUUAAAUAAUGACGAAUAUGACUAUAUUUAUGAUAAAGAUUAUGACGAACUAAGUUAUCAAGAUAGUGAAAGAAUAAAGUUUCCAGCAGCAUCUGUAAGAAAAUUGCUAUCGAGUGGAGCAUUUUUUUACUCUAGAACAUUUGAUAUAACGUCAAACAUACAAGAGAGAGGUAUUGGAACAUAUGAAUUUAAAUUAGUGGCUGACAUUUCUUACUUCACGAGAUUUCUGUGGAAUAAUUUUAUGAUGGGUGAGUUGUUGGAAUUUAGGAAUAGAUUAUCAGCGAAUGAACAAAAACAAAUCGAUAAAUCUGGAUUCCUUAUAAUCAUUGCGAGAGGCUAUGCUAAAACUGUAAAUACGACAAUAGCUAAAAAUGAAGCAUUGAUGACUUUAAUUUCAAAACAAAGUUGUGCAAAACAAGGUCCAGUAUUUGGAGAUUGGGGUUGCGAUGGUAACGGCAGUGUAGCAAAUUAUGUUGAAUCAGAGAUAAUCAUAUAUACUGAAAAGUUUUGUUUAUCAUACAUUAUUGCAAGAGGUAAUGUACCAAUGUACUGGGAAUUAAAUAUUAACUCAACGACAAAAAGUUUAAUAGCAGGAAGUGGUAAAAAAAUAGUUUUCCCAAGAUCAUUUGAAGCAUCUCAAGAAGCAUUCACAAGACAUAUAGAAAGGUUAGCAUAUCAAUACGGGGAUGUACAUAUAAUCAACGAGCUUUCAGAUAAAUCUUACAAAGGAGUAUUAAAUAUGUCAUUCGAAGAGCAAGUGAAAUAUUAUUUGAAACACAGAGAUCUAUCAAAUAUUGAAUAUAAACUAAAAUAUACUCAUUUCCCCAUUCCUCAUUCAAGGAUCAGAAAAGUUGGUUACACUGCUCAAAAUCCUUCAGAUAUCGUUAAUGAAUUUUCUUCAUCGGCUAUUAAUUUUGGUGCUUUAUUUUAUGAUAAACCAUCAAUGAGUUUUAUUGGUAAACAAUUAGGAAUUUUCAGAAUUAAUUCAUUUGAUAGUUUAAGUAAAGCCAAUUUUUUAUCCAAAAUCAUAAGUCAAGAAAUUAUUGAAUUAGCAUUUGGAGAUAUUGGUAUUGAAUUGGAAAGAGAUCUAUAUAUAAAGCAUGCUAAAUUAUGGCAGGAAAACGAUCUCAUUUUAACAAAACUCACAAUGAAUUUCGUAUCUACUACUGAUAAGUUACAAACCAGUAAUAUGUCACAUGCUUCAUCUGUCAAAUCUCAUAUAACUAAAAAAUAUUUAAAUGGAGUUGUAGAUAAUACAAAACCAAAUGAAUUAGCAUUAUUGAAAUUACUAGGUCGUUUGCAGGAUCAAACACCGAUCAAUUUGCAUAAUCCACUUCAUGAUUAUGUUGCUAGAGAAUUAAGUAAACAUAGUAAACAAUUCACAUCACAAUCAGAAAUAACUGUUUUUGCUACUACUUUUAAUUUAAAUGGUGAAUUAUAUGAUGGAGAUAUUGAAGAAUGGAUUUAUCCUGAACGUUGUAGAACUAAAUCAUAUGAUGUUGUAUUUGUUGGUUUACAAGAAAUUGUUGAAUUGAAACCUAAUCAAAUGGUAAAUACUGACUCCAGAAAUAAAACUCAAUGGGAAAGAAAAAUUCUAAAUUGUCUAUCAAAAAGAGAUAAAUACGUGGUCAUGUGGAGUGGUCAAUUAGGAGGACUAGUAUUAUUAUUUUUUGUCAAAGAAUCCGAGAUGAAAUAUAUAUCAGAUGCCGAGUUUUCAUUCAAAAAAACAGGUCUUGGAGGAGUUGCAGCUAAUAAAGGAGGAGUUGCGGUUAGUUUUUCAUUUUCAGAUACUUCAAUAUGUUUUGUAUCUUCACAUUUUGCAGCUGGGGUUACAAAUAAUGAAGAAAGACAUCAUAAUUAUAAAACUUUAAUUAAAGGUAUACAAUUUUCUAAAAAUAGAAGAAUUCCAAAUCAUGAUUGUGUUAUAUGGUUAGGAGAUCUAAAUUAUAGAAUAGCACCAUUACAAAAUGAUCAAGUAAAACCUUUAAUUUUAACAAAAUCAUAUAAUAAAUUAUUUGAAUUUGAUCAAUUAAAUCAACAAAUGGCAAGUGGUGAAGCAUUUCCAUUUUUUGCAGAACAAGAAAUUUCAUUCCCACCAACUUAUAAAUUUGAUAAUGGUACAAAAAUAUAUGAUACAAGUGAAAAACAAAGAAUUCCAGCAUGGACAGAUCGUAUAUUAUAUUUAUCAAGAAAAAAUUUAAUGAAACCAAUUGAAUAUAAUUCUUGUGAAAAUAUUGUAUUUUCAGAUCAUAGACCAGUUUAUGCAUUAUUUAAUAUAACUGUACAAUUAAUAAAUCAAUCUAUAAAAAAACAAAUUUCAAAUCAUUUAUAUGAUAAUUUUAAAUUAAAACAUGGUGGUUUACAAGAUAUUUCUUCAAUUUCAUUUGAUGUUGAUACUAAAAAUAUGGAUUUUGAUAAUGAAAAUUUGCCUCCUCCAAGUUCUGAUAAAUCUAAAUGGUGGUUGGAUGGUGGUAGAGCUGCAAAAGUAUCUAUUCCAAAUUUAAAUGAUGACAAAGAUUUGGUGAUUAACCCAUUUCAUCCAAUUAAUCCAUUUGCUCCAACAAAUGAGCCAGAAUUUGUUUCUGUUAAUGAUUUAGAAGGAAUGUUGGAUUAA